UGCAAGAAACAGAAAUUAUUUAUACGGUAAUAUCUGAUAUGAUUGAAUGAAAAUCGUGACAUCACGACUGAUGUCUCAUUUUAUACACACGUUAUAUUAUCGACACUUACUAAAGUACAUUUGUAUGACUUGAAAAAAUACGAGACGAGAAAUAAGAAGUAAUCAAAAAUAGAAAAGUUUAAUUUUUUAUAUGCGACGCUAUGAUUGUUUACCUUAUAUCAGUGACAUUGCUGUUAAUAUCUUUCCAUAUAUAUACUCGAUAUAGUAGAUUUGGUAGAUUAAUUAACAAGAUUCCAGGACCAAGGCCCUUACCAUUUAUUGGAAAUUUACUUCAGUUCAACGUAUCACGCGAAAAAGCAUGGUCUAGAGUAUGUGACUAUUUUGAUCAAUAUUAUCCAAUUUACAAAUUAUGGAGUGUUACAAGCGCUGCUGUUCUUCUCCGGCAUCCAGACGAUUUAAAAAUAAUUCUAUCUUGUAAAAAAAAUAUCGAUAAAUGCCCUGCAGGAUAUGGUACCGUUAAAUAUACAGGAAAUAAUGGAAUCCUUUUUUCCGAUGGUGAUUACUGGCAUCCAAGACGUAAAAUAUUAAACCCAGCAUUUAACACUAAUCUUUUACAAAUUUAUAUGCAUAAAAUAUGUAAGCGCGCAGCAAAAUUUGCAUUAGAUCUUCGUUCUCAAGGUAAUAUCAUCGUAGAAAAUAUCUCUCCAAUAUUUUUAAAAUUCGCUUUGGCUGCUGUAUGUGAAGCAGUAAUGGAUUUCGACGUCGAUUCUAUGUCGGCUGAAGAAGAACAAAGAUUUAGAGAUACAUUUAUUGAACUUAGUGAAAUAACAAUGUACAGAGUUUGUAGACCAUAUAUACUCGAUUGGAUGUUACCGUUUCUACCCAUAGGAAAACGACUAUCAAGAGUACAUAAAGUUCUUGAUGAUUUUCGGACAAAGAUUACCAAUGAACGACGUCGUUAUCACGAACGUAUAGGACACAGCGUUUUUAAAAGUCAAGUGGAUGAAUUGGAAGAUGGUGUAGUUGGCGAUGAUAUCAAAGGAUUAAGAAAAAAUUUGGCUGUAGUAGAUUUAUUAUUGAUGGCUGAACAGAAAGGUUUAAUUGAUAACCAUGGAGUUUUGGAAGAAGUGCUAGUUGUCGCCACUGCUGGCUUUGAAACGACGGGAAUGGCAAUUUCUUUUCUUUUGGUAUUAUUAGCAGAAAAUAAAAACAUACAGGAUUUGGCUCGAGCAGAAUUAUUGAAAGAGUUAGGAAAAAAUCACGAUGGUAUAACAAUGGAACAUGUUAAGAAAUUGGAAUAUCUCGAACGCUGCGUAAAAGAAUCUUUACGAUUGUAUCCUACCGCUCCCCACUACGGCCGUAUAAUAACCGAAGAUAUACAACUAAGCAAAUAUAAGCUCCCAGUAGGAGCUGAAGUAUAUAUGAGCGCUUAUGAUCUUCAUAGGGAUCCUCAUUUUUGGCCAGAGCCUAAUAAAUUUGACCCAGACAGAUUUUUACCAGAAAAUGUACAAAAUCGGCAUGCAUUCGCUUAUUUACCUUUUAGCGCUGGUCUACGCAAUUGCAUUGGUCAAAAAUUCGCAAUAAUGGAAAUGAAGCUUAUAGUUGCUCAUAUGCUGUACAACUUUUAUUUUGAACCCAUUGAUUCGAGUGCCGAUUUCAAAUUUGCGCUCGAUAUUACUAUGAAACUAGAUGACAUUCGCUUAAAAUUUAUUAGAAGGGACUCCAAUUAAAAACAUUUUUCUGACGUGCAAAUACUUGCUGUACAUUUCAUUUUUGAUUUUUAUAUAUUUUUUAAGUGUUUGAAAUAAUUAGUAUAAAAAGAUGAAUUUAGAUAAAAACGUAUCUGAUAGAUGUGAAAAUUGUUUGGCAUGAUCAUUUAUUCAAACAAACGUUUAAAAUCAUAUAUUUU